UUUUAAAGCUGUAUCCGGCAUCCGUGCCCGCCCCCAGCCCCGCCGGUAGAGAAGCCAGCGAGUGCAGCUGCCCCCUUCUCAUCGCCAUCUACAACGGGACUUAAGGGGGGGACGGGACGCAGAAAGGACCUGAUGCCGAUUUCUCUGCAGUUUCAAGCUUGUGGACAAAGUGGAGGGAAGGAAAUACUCUCAACUUUUUGCAGACGAUCAGACUACGAAAUGGAAGGUGAUACAACUGGGGUGCUGCAAGGCAGCAUGAACGACAAGAGGGAAGAAAUGAAAGGAGACCAUCAAAGGAAAAGCGAGGAUUUGCUAAGGGAGACGGAAGCAGAGAGGAAGAAUAUCAUCCGAGAAUGGGAUGAGCUGCGAAGGUUUCUGGAAGAGCAAGAAAACCUCGUGUUGAAGAGGCUAGAAAAGCUGGACCAGGAAAUUGUUACAAGGAGAGACGAGAGUGUUUCGGGAGCCUCCAAGAAGACAACAUUUAGGGAUAAUGGAGAAGGCACCCAGAAUCCACUUGUGAAGAGCAUCAGAGGGGCUGAGAACAGGAAGAAUGGGGUAUUUUCAAAGUUUGAAAAAGGUUUUGUGGAACUAGAACAGAGGAUAAGGCAUCUUUCUGAGAAGAGGAUUGCAUUACAAGAGUUGCUGCUGACAUUUAAAGAAAUCUUGCUGCUGGAGCUGAGAAGCGAUGCAAGCCCGUCUUUCUUAUCUGGAGACCGAGGAAGGUCUUCAUUCUACUCCAAAUUUCUGCAUCCUUGCAGAAGACGUGGAGGAAAAAUAGUUGCGUUGGAUCUUGCUCAGGAGCCUGUGUCCUUUGAGGAGGUAGCUGUGCAUUUCACUGAAGGGGAGUGGGCUCUCCUGGACCCCCAUCAGAGAGCCUUGUAUAGGGAUGUUAUGAAGGAGAACUAUGAAAAUGUGACCUCAUUAGUUCUUUCCCUCACCCAUCCGGAUCGGAACUCCUGGGUGGAGGAAGGGGAUGAGGCCAUCUUCCUGGUUCCACUCUCUCCGGGUUCUGAGAAAGGGGACAAAUAUGAAGUCACCAAAACAGUGCAAGAUGGCCAGGAGAAUAUAAAGGAAAAGGAGAAGAAUCUAGUGGCAGAAAGUUCUGAGGAUGUUGAAAAUUCUAAGGAAUAUACUCUAAAGAAGCAUCAAAUGCCAGGAAAUGCUAAAGAAGUUGAGCAAUCUAAGGGAGUUGUUCUAAGGAAAAACCUACUGCUAGGAAACUCUAAGGCAGUUGAAAAUUCAAAGGAAGAUGUUCUAAGGAAGAAUCUAGUGCCAAGAAAGUCUAAGGACAUUGAAAAUUCUAAGGUAGACAUUCUAAGGGAGAAUCUACUGCCAGAAAAUUCUAAGGCAGUUGAAAAUUCUAAGGUAGACAUUCUAAGGAAGAGUGUAGUGCCAGCAAACUCUAAGAAGUUUGAGCAUUCUAAGGGAGACAUUUUAAGGAAGAAUCUAGGGCAAGGAAAUUCUAAAAUAGUUGAAAAUUCUAAGCAAGACAUUCUGAGGAAGAGUCUCAUGCCAAGAAAUUCUAAGGACAUUGAAAAUUCUAAGGUAGACAUUCUAAGGAAGAGUAUAAUGCCAGGAAACUCUAAGAAGGUUGAGCGUUCUAAGGGAGACAUUUUAAGGAAGAAUCUAGUACCAGGAAAUUCUAAGGAAGACACCUCUGUGAGAAUGGACAAAGAGAGAGUGCUCCAGGGUCAUGAUGGGAGAGAUGUUCCUUGGCAUCAACGCAGAUCAGAAAGACAGCAGAAAGCUGCACAAAUGACCAGACAGGAGAAUCCAAUUCCUUCUCCAGAAGACUGUUGGGACAUUGGUAAAACCACUGCUCAGAAGGAGAUCUGCAAGGGCAGGAGGCAAAAAGCAUGUCCCAAAUGUGGGAAAGUGUUUACUCAGAGUGUACUUCUUCUUAAGCAUAAGAGAACUCACACUGGAAUGAAGCCAUAUCAAUGUUUGGAGUGUGGGAAAAUCUUCAGCCAGAGUUCCCACCUUAAUAAACACAAGAGAACUCACAGCAGAAAGAAACCAUUCAGAUGUUCAGAUUGUGGGAAAACUUUCCAUCGGAGCUCUCACCUUGCUUCCCAUCGAGGAAUCCACACAGGAGUCAAACCAUAUAGAUGUUCAAGUUGUGAGAAAAGCUUCCGUCGAGGGCCUGACCUUAGGAGGCACCAGAAAAUCCACACUGGAGAGAAAUUGCAUAAAUGUUUACAUUGUGGGAAAAGCUUUGGUCUGAGCUCAAGCCUUAUUAAACAUGAAAGAAUCCAUACAGGAGAGAGGCCAUAUAAAUGCUCAGACUGCCCAAAAAGUUUCAGUCAGAGAUCUCAUCUUAUUGUACACAAGAGGAUUCACACGAAAGACAAACCAUACAAAUGCUCUUUCUGUGGCAAUGGGUUUAGCCAGAAAGCACAUCUUACUUCACACCAGAGAAUACAUACAGGAGAGAAACCCUAUAAAUGCUCUGACUGUGGCAAAAGUUUUAAACUGAACUCAGCAUGUAUGAAACAUGAGAGAAGCCAUGGAAACUGUUUGGAUGCUCAGGCUAUAGGGAAAGUUUUAGUUGAAGCUGCCACCUCACACUGCACUGCAGGAUCUACAAGAAAGUGGAACUUUAGAAAUGUUUCAAGAGUGGCAAAAAUGAUAGCUUAACCAUGCAUAAUGAAAUAUCUCAUGAAAAGGGAGGCUGCUUAGGGCUGAAGUAGACAUGCCAUGGAAGAGCUGUGAUUAGAACUUCCAAGACCGUAUUCAGCUAACUCGUUGAGUUAGCAGAAGGCAGUGCAAUGGGACUUUCCUGCCUCUCCUCCCUCUUUGCACACUUGUGCCCACCCCAGAUUUGCUCCGGAAGGGUUAGAAGAACCCCCAAAAUAGCAUGCAAAGGGGAGGAUAUGGGGAGAUCGUUCAGUCAAGCAAGCGGAAAUGCUUCUGCUGACAAAAUGAUCUCCUUAGCAGAGCUUGGAAAAGUUACUUUUUUGAACUACAACUCCCAUCAGCCCAAUCCAGUGGCCAUGCUGGCUGGGGCUGAUGGGAGCUGUAGUUCAAAAAAGUAACUUUUCCAAGCUCUGCUUAGCGCUACGCUGAAUACAACCCCCAGUUUCUUUUUUACCUGGAAAGCAACAGUGGCCGGUUCCACUUUUGAUUUUCUCAAUGCAAUUACAUUUAAAUUUCCUUCUUACCCUCUCCCCCACACUUCACAUACAAACAGUGGAGCAGCUAGGCCUGAACCUCUGAGCUGAAGUCCAGGACGUCUCAGGCUAGCCCCUCCCCCACAAAUGACCACCCAUAGAGUGACAGAUGAUGGGGCAAGAGCAAACUGGCUGUGUGUCAGACUGGCAUGGGCAUGCCUAUUCCUGUGAAUGUAAUUUGUUUUAAUUAUAUUUAAUAUUAAAUUUUUAACUGUUGGAAUCUGCCCUGGCACCUGCUGGUGAAGGGUGGCUAAUAAAUGUGAUGCUGCUGCCAGGGCCCAGGAGGUGAUGCAGGUUGCCACAGCAUCCUUCUUUUAUUAUUUUUACCUUCAAAGUAGAAAGUAAGUGCGUUUAGGAUGAGGUCAGCAGAAACAAACUCCAUUUUAUUCCUCCAGCCAUGAUGUUGCUAUAAUUUAAAGGAGUUUCAAAUGUGGAACUGCACAUGUUCAGAGUCUUUCUUUUUUUAAAAGCAGGGUUGGCAAAUUGUGUUUUGUACUAACACAGCCUUCAGCAACCUCCUGCCCUGUAGAUGUUUUGUACCACAACUCCUGUCAGCCUCCAGCAAGAUGGUCAGUGGCAAAGGAUGAUGGGAAUAGGAGUUCAAGGUCAUUUCUAGGUGACCUGCUUCCAGAUUCACCCUUAUUCAAGCAUGCUUGGAGGAGGCUGAAUAUCUGCAUCUGGCUUCAGGUCCAGUCAUGGCACUGAAACUGCCUUAGUUGCCCUGGUUGAUGACAUUUGUUGGGAGAGAAAAAGGGGGAGUGCAACCGUGCUAGUUCGUCUUAAUCUUUUGGUGGCUUUUGAUACCAUUGACCAUGGUGUCCUUCUGAAGUGGCUCAGGGAGGUGGGGGUAGGGGGCACUGUCCUUCAGUGGCUCUACUACUACCUCGAGGGAUGUUUCCAGAAAGCAGUUAUGGGAGGCUACUGUUCAACCCCAUGGGAGUUUCCUGUGGUGUCCUGCAUAGUUCUGUCUUGUCCCCUGUACCAUUUAACAUCCAUAUGAAGCUGCUGGGAGUUGUCAUCAGGAGUUUUGGAGUGAAGUGUCACCAGUAUGCGGAUGACACCCAGCUCUCUCUCUCUCUCUGUUCCAUCUGAAUGAGGAGAGGCAGCUGAGGUGCUAGACCGGUGCUUGGAGAUGGUGAUGAGCUGGAUGUGCUAACAAACUGAAACUGAAUAUAGAAAAGACGGGUGUUAUACAUCCAGAGUUCUCAUGUCUGGGAGGUGGGGAGAUGCCCUGUUCUGGGCAGGGUUGGACUCCCCUGGAAGGAACAGGUCCACCGCUUGGGGAUAUUCCUGGAUCCAGCAUUGUCACUCGACACCCAGGUGGCCUUGGUAGGUUUGUUGUUAUGUGCCUUCAAGUCGAUUACGACUUAUGGCGACCCUAUGAAUCAGUGACCUCCACGAGCAUCUGUCAUGAACCACCCUGUUCAGAUCUUGUAAGUUCAGGUCUGUGGCUUCCUUUAUGGAAUCAAUCCAUCUCUUGUUUGGCCUUCCUCUUUUUCUACUCCCUUCUGUUUUUUCUACCAUUUUUGUCUUUUCUAGUGAAUCCUGUCUUCUCAUGAUGUGUCCAAAGUAUGAUAACCUCAGUUUCAUUGUGUUAGCUCCUAGUGAUAGUUUAAUUUGUUGUAACACCCAAUUAUUUGUCUGGUUUGCCAGCUAUGGUCCCUUUUGGACAGAGAUCACUCGGCCACGGUACUCCAUGCUCUGGUAACUUCUAGAGUAAAUUAUUGCAAUGCACUCCACCCAGGGCUGCCCUUGAAGACAACUCAGAAACUUCAGUUCAGAAAUGUCCAAAAUGCAACGCCAGAUUACUGGCUGGGGCUCCCUUUAGAACUCAUAUAACCCCUGUUCUAAAAUAGUUGCAUUGGUUGCCACUUCAUUUCCAGGCCCAAUUUAAGGUAUUCAUACUAGCAUUUAAAGCCCCAAAUGACAUCUGCCCCAAAUAGCUGAGAGAUGGCUUCUUCCCUACAGACCCUCGGGUGCUGAAAUCGGCAGAAGGGUCCUUCUUGGUAGUUCUGCCACCCUCAGAAGUUUGGGGAUGGUGGUCUGAGAGAGGGCAUUCUCUGUGGCAGCCACUAAGUUGUGGGAUACCCUCCCCACUUUUAAACUGGAACCUGCUAGUGAAGGGUGGGUAAUAACUACAUUAUACUACAACAACAACUACCACUAAUAAUAAUAAUACUGAUCUGUUUGCAGGGAGGUUGGAUGACCCUGAGUCAAGUAGAUAUUGUCCCACAUUUUCUUGUCACUCCUUAUUGGAAAAAAAGUCCCAUUUUUGGAGGGAAGCGGAGCUGUUGCACAAGGGUGCCAAAUCAACUUUGUGACUGCAUCCCACCUGCAAAAUAGUGACUGGAGGUGCCUCAAAACACCUGGAGGGUGCCAGGUUGGGGAAGGGUGAUCUACACUCUGGCAGCAGCUCUCCAGGAUCUCAGACAGGAUUCUUCUGCAGCCCCUGCGGGGGAUUGAACCAGGGGGCUUUUACAUGCCCAGCGUGUGAUCUACCAGUGAAUUAUGGCAUAUAAAGCUCCCACAGCACCUUACAAAUUGAUUUUUAAAAAUAUCACACAAUCCCUUCCCUCACAGUUACAAUCUAAAGAGACAUGGCACAAAAGGAAACAGGUGGAGGAGGGAAGAGGUUCUAGCUGAGCCUUUGGUUUGCUGUGCUGAUUUUCUGUUUGCUUUAUAGACAAAUGCUGACGAGAGCAUUUAAGGUGACAGCAGAGCUGCAGUCCAUUCUACCACCUCAUUUUUCUGUGCCUGUCGAUUGUUCUGGUUAGUGUCAGAACAGGAUUGUGGAGACCGGAAUUCAAAUCCCCAGUUGAGCUAUAAAGCUCACCAGAUGAUUCUGGACCAGUCUCUCUCUCUCUCUCUCUCUCUCUCUCUCUCUCACACACACACACACACACACACACUCAGCCUAAUCUACCUCACAGGGCUGUUGUGACGAUAAAGGUACGGGAGAAAAUAACCAGGAAUACUAUUUUGAGCACCUUAAACUGUUCAGAACUUGAACAAAUAAUUCCUCCUCCAAGUCAAUGGGACACAUGUAGUACUUUGCUGUCCUGCUAGGGUUUUGAAGAAGGCUUACGAUAAUAACUUUACAGCUGCAGGUUGUAAAAAAAUUGAAUUCAUUCUGCUGAUAGGUUUUCUGAUUGUAUUGGUUUUAUGGCCUGGUUAAUGUUGAUUUCUUCAGAAAUUGCAAUGGUUGUGUUCCAUUUGUAUAUCCCUUUAGGUGUUGAUUUUAAUGGAACAGUGAGCCAGAAAUGUUGAAAUGAGGUCAUAGGCUUCAUUCCUUUGCACACUCACCCGGGAGUAAGUCCUGCUGAUCAAGGCAGUGGCCCAUCUAAUCCAGCAUUCUGUUCUGACAAUGGCCAACCAGAUGCUUCAGUGGGAAGCCUGCAAGGAGGACCUGAGCGCAACAGCAACUCUCCCCACUUGCGAUUCCCAGCAACUGGUAUUCAGAGUCAUAUAUAGCCUCCGAAGUGGAAGUAGAACAUAGUUAUUGUGGCUAGUAGCCAUUGGUAGCAUUAUCCUACGUGC